AGCGCGACCCCGGUGUGGUGCGCAGGCGCAGUCUGCGCGGUGACUGGCGGGACAGUACGGCUGCAACUGACAUGUCGGGGGUCCGGAGGCUGUCACGGCUGCUGAGCGCCCAGCGCCUGGCGCUGGCCAAGGCAUGGCCAGCAGCGUCACCAACGGGAACCCGAGGUUUUCACUUCACUGUGGAUGGGAACAAGAGGGCAUCUGCUAAAGUUUCAGAAUCCAUUUCUGCUCAGUAUCCAGUAGUGGACCAUGAAUUUGAUGCCGUGGUGGUGGGCGCUGGAGGGGCAGGCCUGCGAGCUGCGUUUGGGCUUUCUGAGGCAGGGUUUAAUACAGCAUGUGUUACCAAGCUGUUUCCCACCAGGUCACACACUGUUGCAGCCCAGGGAGGAAUCAAUGCUGCUCUGGGGAACAUGGAGGAGGACAACUGGAGGUGGCAUUUCUACGACACCGUGAAAGGCUCCGACUGGCUGGGGGACCAGGAUGCCAUCCACUACAUGACAGAGCAGGCCCCUGCCGCCGUGGUCGAGCUAGAAAAUUAUGGCAUGCCGUUUAGCAGAACCCAAGAUGGGAAGAUUUAUCAGCGUGCGUUUGGUGGACAGAGCCUCAAGUUUGGAAAGGGCGGGCAGGCCCAUCGGUGCUGCUGCGUGGCUGAUCGGACUGGCCACUCGCUACUGCACACCUUAUAUGGAAGGUCUCUGCGAUAUGAUACCAGCUAUUUUGUGGAGUAUUUUGCCUUGGAUCUCCUGAUGGAGAAUGGGGAGUGCCGUGGUGUGAUUGCACUGUGCAUAGAAGAUGGGUCCAUACAUCGCAUAAGAGCAAAGAACACUGUUGUUGCUACAGGAGGCUACGGGCGCACCUACUUCAGCUGCACGUCUGCCCACACCAGCACCGGUGAUGGCACAGCCAUGGUCACCAGGGCAGGCCUUCCUUGCCAGGACCUCGAGUUUGUCCAGUUCCACCCCACAGGCAUCUAUGGUGCUGGGUGUCUCAUCACAGAAGGAUGUCGUGGAGAGGGAGGCAUUCUCAUUAACAGUCAGGGCGAAAGGUUUAUGGAGCGAUACGCCCCCGUUGCGAAGGACCUGGCAUCCAGAGAUGUGGUGUCUCGGUCCAUGACUCUGGAGAUCCGCGAAGGAAGAGGCUGUGGCCCUGAGAAAGAUCACGUCUACCUGCAGCUGCACCACCUGCCUCCAGAGCAGCUGGCCACGCGCCUCCCUGGCAUUUCGGAGACAGCCAUGAUCUUUGCUGGCGUGGACGUCACGAAGGAGCCGAUCCCUGUGCUCCCCACUGUGCAUUAUAACAUGGGCGGCAUUCCCACCAACUACAAGGGACAGGUCCUGAGGCACGUGAAUGGCCAGGAUCAGAUCGUGCCUGGCCUGUACGCCUGUGGGGAGGCCGCCUGCGCCUCAGUCCAUGGUGCCAACCGUCUCGGGGCAAACUCGCUCUUGGACCUGGUUGUCUUUGGCCGGGCCUGUGCCCUGAGCAUCGAAGAGUCAUGCAGGCCUGGAGAUAAAGUCCCUCCAAUUAAACCAAAUGCUGGGGAAGAAUCUGUCAUGAAUCUUGACAAAUUGAGAUUUGCUGACGGAAGCAUAAGAACAUCGGAACUACGACUCAGCAUGCAGAAGUCAAUGCAAAAUCAUGCUGCCGUGUUCCGUGUGGGAAGUGUGCUGCAAGAAGGUUGCGAGAAAAUCAGCAAGCUCUACGGAGACCUGAAGCACCUGAAGACGUUUGACAGGGGAAUGGUCUGGAACACGGACCUGGUGGAGACCCUGGAGCUGCAGAACCUGAUGCUGUGUGCGCUGCAGACCAUCUACGGAGCAGAGGCGCGGAAGGAGUCGCGGGGCGCGCACGCCAGAGAAGACUACAAGGUGCGGAUUGAUGAGUACGAUUACUCCAAACCCAUCCAGGGGCAACAGAAGAAGCCCUUUGAGGAGCACUGGAGGAAGCACACCCUGUCCUAUGUGGACGUGGGCACUGGGAAGGUCACUUUGGAAUAUAGACCUGUAAUCGACAAAACUUUGAACGAGGCUGACUGCACCUCCGUUCCCCCGGCCAUUCGCUCCUACUGAUGAGACAAGAUGCGGUGAUGACAGAAGCAGCCUUUGUAAUUAUGUAUCAUAGCUCAUGCAUGUGUUCAUGUCGUAACUGUCUUUAUAAGCUUCUGCACUGGGGUGAAGAGGGAGUCCAUUGAAGGGAGAUGGGCACCCAGUGGCCGGGAGCCGGCCAGGGACCGCAGCACUUACCUUUGUCCCUCCCUUCAUUCUUGUGAGACCAUAAAACUGGACACAGCCCUAAAAUAAAACAUAGAUGAACAAA